GUGCAUCCUGGGAGCUACAGUGUCAAGGACAUAUUCUAAGAUUAAAAAUCCAAUCCAACGUUUAAAAGAUGGCCAGCGCUCCUAUACCGUUCACUGAUGUGGGACGUGGCUACACCAUUGUCACCCAAGUUACUCCCUCAACACCCAAUUCAGCUGCAGCAGAACAAAAUCCACUUCAGAAAUUCCUGAAAGGAGAACCCAAAGCAAUGGGUGUUGUCCAAAUAAUGAUUACUUUGUUGAUGAUAUUGUUUGGUAUCGUGAUGAUGUUCCCUCCUCAGACCAUCAGCGUGUUCUCUGGAGUUGUUUUCUGGGGCUCACUGAUUCACAUCAGCGCUGGUUCUCUGGCUGUUUCAGCGAGUAACAAACUUAAUGUCUGUGUGAUAAGUGCCACACUGGUGCUAAAUAUUCUUAGCACAAUAGCUGCAGGAAUUGCCAUCAUCAUGCUUUCUCUGGAUUUGAUGUUUCACUGGAUGCACUAUGACUGCUUCGACAUUGAGUACAAUGAUGAAUGCAGAUAUAACUACAUUGCAGUGAGCCGUACCGAAGGAAUUAGCGGAGUUCUGCUGGUUUUCUCUCUGCUCCAGUUUGUCGUCUCCAUCGUAGUUUCAGCCUUUACUUGCAAAGCCACCUGCAGUGAUCAACCUACUCUAAACAUUUUCAAUGUGGUUCCAAACUCUGCGAGUGGUGUUCAAAUGGUCCCUUCCAACUCAGCUUAUCAAGCACAACUGAUGGACAAUACAAUGAGCACUGUGGAAUACCAUGUGGAAAGUCCUCGAGCUUACUGUGUGAAAGGCAAAGCAGACAACUAA